AGGUCCGUGAGGUAAAGCUGAAGUUAACGUCUCCCUAGGCCUCUUUUCCACUCCGUCGCUUCGCCGCCUCCGCCACCAACCACUCUCCGUCUCAGAACACCGCCAGAACCAGCUCCACUUCUCCCAUCUCUCUCCCUUUCCCUCUCCCUCUCCAUACAAGUUAGAUUGUGUUGUUUAAGAAGAGCUCUAAUUCGAGUGGUUUUCUGAUUCUUGAUUAACCGUUAGCGAGUCUUUGUUAGGUGAUUACUACUGUAUACUUCUGGGUUUAUCAUCUGAAAAGCAUAACUACAUUUAUUUGUCGACUUCUCUUAGCUGGUCAGGGAAAUGGCGGGUUGUCCAUCGAGUUUCGGAUUAUCAAACGCUCUGAAUGCUCAAGACGAGGUCUGUAUGAGGAGUUGGAAGCCGAUGCUCCACAAUUAUGUUGGGUUCAAAACAUUGGUGAGGGAGGUAACUUUCCAUGCUUGGGUUAGACAUGUCUCUGUUAAGAACCAGAGGUUUCUGGUCUGGAAUUCGCAGACAUUAUCUGAACAGCAAUCGGGUGUGGGCAAAUCCGUGGUAGUUAAAAAUGAAGGCGUGGAGAGUGUAGUAGGGAAAGAUGUUAAGAUUUUGGAGAAGGGAAAUGAAUUAGAAACUGAUGUUGGUGGCAGUGGAGGGAAUAGAUUUGACGGGAGUGGAGGAAAUGGGAAAUAUCCAAGUGGUGGAGGUGGAGGUGGCGGCAGCGGUGGCAGUGGUAGCGGCGAGGAUGGUGAAAGAGAGGACAAAGGAGAAGAAGAAGAGUUUGGACCCAUUAUGAAGUUUGAUGAGGUUAUUAAAGAGACGGAGGCGCAAGGAGCAAGUCUCCCAUCUGAUAUGUUAGAGGCCGCCAAGAUUGUGGGGAUUCGUAGAUUGCUUCUGCUAAGAUAUUUGGAUUUGCAGGGGUCUGGGCUUUUGGGUUUUGCAAUGAAGUCUUGCUCUAUGCUUCGAAACAGAAUGUUGGCUGAUCCAUCUUUCCUCUUCAAAAUUGGAACAGAGAUAGUUAUUGAUUCUUGCUGUGCUACAUUUGCUGAAAUUCAAAAGAGGGGUAAAGACUUUUGGGCAGAGUUUGAACUGUAUGUUGCAGACCUUUUGGUUGGUGUGGUGGUAAACGUUGCUUUGGUUAGCAUGUUAGCACCUUAUGCACGUAUUGGACAACCAUCAGUAUCUAAAGGGUUCUUUGGACGGCUAUUACACGCUUAUGGAUCUCUUCCUAGUAGUGUCUUUGAAGCUGAAAGGCCUGGAUGUAGAUACUCUGUACAACAGAGAAUUGCAACAUAUUUCUACAAGGGAGUCCUAUAUGGAUUUGUUGGCUUUGCUUGUGGUAUUAUUGGCCAAGGCAUUGCAAAUCUCAUAAUGAAUGCCAAGCGGAGCAUAAAGAAAUCAGAAGACGACAUUCCUGUACCACCUCUUGUGAAAAGUGCAGCUCUUUGGGGUGUUUUUCUUGCAGUUUCUUCCAACACACGCUACCAAAUUAUUAAUGGGCUGGAACGUGUGGUAGAAGCAUCACCCUUAGCAAAGCAGGUUCCACCUAUUGCAAUGGCUUUCACAGUUGGUGUGCGAUUUGCCAACAACGUUUAUGGUGGAAUGCAGUUUGUGGACUGGGCUAGAUGGAGUGGGGUUCAAUAAUGGUGCGUCUCUUAUGUUCAUGUUUGCUUCAAGCUGUCAUGUUGGGAUAUUGUUAAAAUUGUAGUACCAUCAAACGAAAAACAUUAAACAUCCAUUUGUAGUAGAAUGCCAAGUGCUGGAAAAGCCUGUUGUUUUA